GAGUGUCCCGUGUGCUUAUUAACACUGAGGGCCCCUCAUCUUCUCUCCUGCUGUGGGGUCAAAAUAUGUCAGAGUUGCAUUGAAGGAGUUAAGAGUAAAGCUAAUCCUUGUCCCAAGUGUCGUCAUAGUGAUUACUUCACGUUGCUCGAUAAAGAAAUGGAGAGACUCAUCUUUGAUUUAACAGUUUACUGUCCUUAUACUGCUAGUGGGUGUGGCUGGACUGGAGAGUUGAGAGACCUUGAUAAGCACAUCAGUCCGUCAAAACAGGGAGGGUGUCUUUACGUUGAGGUUGAGUGCUGUCAUGGGUGCGGUCAGAAGAUGAUGAGGAGUAGUUUGAACGAUCACGAGAGGGAGACCUGCUCUAAGCUCCCGGUUGAAGUUCAGAUGAAAGUACUUCAGGAAAGAGUCGAAAAAAUGUGUACAAGACUUACUGAGGAACACCAGAAAGAGAUAGCCUGCCUGAAAGCAAAAAUAUCUGAGCAAGAAAAGGAAAUGUUAGCACUUAGAAGGACCAUUGAUAAACUAGUAGAAGACAACAAAGAUACGUCAUUCUAUGCCACCAUUCCUGUCUUCACUCCAAGUUUACUCUUAUUAAUGCCCAAACUACCCAAUGGGAACAUUCCAGGAGUCAGUUACUAUCCACAAGAUAAGUAUGUGAAGAUUAGCGGCAACUCCAAAGAAGAGAUGGAAGCUCGUACGCAACAGUUCCUAACUGAGUUUGAGACGCUCCUCCCUCUCCUUCAAAAGGACAGCUUUGAGGUAUUACCUCGUUUCCCAGCUGCUAAUCUCGAGACAAUCAUUCGGUCUUGUAAUCGUAACUUUAGAGCAUGUUAUGCUCUGAGUCGUCAAGACAGCGUUGAUCUUAUCUCAACUGAUGCAGUAGAACAUCGCCAAGCGAAGAUACUCUUGAACGAAAAGCUUUCGGAAAAAAUCCAAGUACUUCGUUUUCCAGGUGACAUUAAUUGUACUCUGACUCUUAGAGUUGGCUCUAUUGCUGAAGAAGAAGUUGAUGUUGUCGUGGUUCCAGUAGACAAGCAUUGUUUAAGUGGGAGCUACAAGCGAUUGAAAAGUUUCUUUGAUUCGUCUUUGGGGGCCUCCUCAUCUAGUCAAUCUGAAGAAGUUCCCUUUGAAGCUAUAGUACCAAACACUAGUACUAGAUAUAAAUCAAAGAAUUUGAUACGCAUACCUAAUCACUCUGAGCUUGAUCUUGGUCAGCAUUAUGAUAUUCUGACUGGCUGCAUUGAUAAAGCAAUAAAAGAAAUAUUAGCCCACAAGUCUAUCAAAAGCAUUGCAUUGCCUGCUGAGAGCUCAGGAAGGCAGGGAGCCUUUAAGUCUAGCUUUAUUGUACCAGCAGUUAUACAGUCAGUUAAGAAAUUAGUGGAGGACAAAUCUAAUGCGGAGAGUGUUUGGUCUCUCAAUGAUAUUAGGAUUAUCAUUGAAGAUGAUCUGAUGGCUUUUGAUGAAGGCUGGUUUUAUAGCUAUGCCAAUUAUUUGUCGGCUAAAUAUCAACUGGAAUAACUAAGGUAUAGAGCUUAUUUGCUUUAUGUAUCUCUUUUUAGACUCAAAUUGACCAUAACUGAUCUGUGCAAUAAUAUUUUUAUUUUAAAUGUUGUGUAAAAUGUUAUGCAUUACAAAAAAAUUUUGAAAAAGAUUUAGUAUUAAAACAGA